AUGUCAACGAAAAUAAGCAAACGAGUGGAUUCAAAAUCACAAAAGAGAUUAUCUGUGACUCCAAAAUGUCUUGCUAUUGUGUUGUUGCCGGAUGAAAACGAGUCGGGUAAGAAUCAUCCAGAUUUAUCCGGGAGAGUAAUUUUGGAUGACUUCAAACUCCGAAAUAAGACGUGUUACUGGAAUCCAGCACUCGUGGAAAGCAUCCAAAAUCUGGAAUAUCGGGGAUAUGUUGAGCCUGAUACACUGCUAGUUGGCGGAGAGGACAUCCACCUUGAAAAUCUACGGACUGCUUGGGGACGACGUGUUCUCAAUGAUCCAGCACACUUCAGAAUCACGCGCAUCGGUGAUGUGGGCAGUAUUAAGAUGCAGGUGAUUCCGCAGACACAGUUUAUACCACUGCCUGAGAUCUUGUGUUUGGUGAUCCUCGACCUCAACAGUAAACAGGUUGUAGCCACACUGGAUGUCAUCCACACCCGCCUCACACAAUGUUUCUGUGACCUCCAGACACCUGGUGUGCAGGUUCUCUAUGAUACCCUUGGUACCCUCAUACGCCAACGCAAGGUUUUCCACAAUGGGAGUGGCUACUUUGUGGUGACCCCAGACACAUACCGCCUGCCGACGGAUGAUCCCCAGCAGACCUAUCCAAUGAGCUGGAUGCAUUAUAACCCAAUGUACAUCCCUGUUCCAGCUAACAGGCCAAAGUCUCCCAUAACACGGUCAAUAUCCUGUCAGGUCAGCUUGGUGAAUCAACCCCAAACAAUUCCUCAGGCUCCACUCGUCCAGACUCCGCCUAUUCAGAUCACACCCAUUCAGGCCCCACCAGUGGAAUUGUCUAAACCACGGGAUGAGAUAUAUACCGAUGAGAUACGACAGUCUAUAGUCAAUGAGAAACCUCGUAUCAGUCGUAGUUUGAGUGCCAGACAUAUGAAAGACAAGCCCAGUAAAGAUGAACGAGACAACACCAAGUCUGUCAGCAGAUGUUCCUCAAUGAGAGGAGAACGAGGAUGUAGGGGUGGAGAGAACCGUGACCUUAACCUUGCCCAUAGCAACCUCAACAAAGUCAAGGAUAAAGGAGAGAAGAAAUCUUUGUUAUCAAAGUUGUUUGGACGUAAAAAGAAAAAGAAACCGGAGAAACAACCGCAACAGGAGGAAAAGAAAGUGGAAUCUCCGACAACAACGACCAGCAGCGGAGAGUAUGCCACAUUCUCAGCACAGUUCCCUCCUCCUGAAUGGCAGUGGUACCAGGAACAGAUAGAGAAACAAGAACGAACAAACACCUGGCUUAAUCAGCAGAAACCUCCAGGUCAGGAUGCUUACACUACUAAACAGGAUGGGUCAAGCUCCUCUGAUUACGUUUCUCCUCAACAACUGUUUCCGAGGCAACAGGUGUAUGAAGCAGCUAGAAGGCAUCAACAGAAAGUUUCUAAUCCAUCCAAACUUAGUCCUUUUGCAGAGCAUGACGAAGAACACUACUGCCAGAUAGAUCCACGAUUUGAAGAAAGUUUACGUAAUCUACGGGCCUCUACACUGCCACCUGAAGGUUAUUAUGAUGGAAAUUGCAUGAAUAAGAAAAAUGAUUUAAAUCCUGGUUGCCCUAAAAAGACAGCCACAUUACCAGUACAGUUACCCCAGAACACAGAGGAGAAUCACCAUAUUCACAGGAGACACUCUGAGAGUCAUGGUCACCGUCGACGACACGAAGUCAAUGACCGGGUCAGAGUUCGUCGUCACUCAGGUGAUAGGAAGCAGUUGUUGGUACAGGCAGAUCAAUGUUACAAUAACAGUUUAGAAAGUGAGGAGACAGUUCCCCUUAAUCAACCUUCAUUUCCUUAUCAUACUCAACAGAAACACACUGAUCCUGGCAUCAGUGAUCCACUCUACAGUUCUACUCCACGUGGACUUCAGAAGGAUCCAGGAGAAACUGUCCACAACAACACAGUAGAUGAACUGUUUAAUGAAAAAGUUCAGGAGCGUGUUCACAGAGGCAAAAAAUCUAGUAAACACCGACAUCGCCAUAGUAUUGCUUAUCACAGUAAUUAUCCUAAAAAUGAUAUUAGCUAUGAAUAUCAUGGAAAACUGCCCAAGAAAAGUUCUAUCAAGGCCUUGUCAAGGGACAGUGGUGUUAACUGUGUGGGCUUAUCUCAAGGUCAAAAUAAAGGUCGUGACAAGGACAGAUGUUCAACACCUAUAGAAUUCCUUACAAAGCGAGGUCAUAGUGACGGAAGGAAAGAGUCAAGUAAUCAAAAAAGAAACAAUAUAGAUGCAAAAUCAGCUAACAAAAAGCACAGCAAUAAUGAAUUGGUUUGUGUAGCCGAAAUUAACAGUUGUGUGCCUCCUGAGGCAAGGGAGACAACUCCAGUAACUGAGGUUACUCCCCCUGAUGAGUAUGUGCCAUAUAAUGUACAGGAUGAGGAUGAAGGAAUGGAUGGAGAUGUAGACAGCUUUAUUGAGGAAAGUGAGCAAAGUUAUGACACAGUAAUAGACUCUCGGACAAGGAGUAGCAAACGUAUCUCAGACUUGUGUGAUCAGACUAAAAAUUUAAACCUAGGGGAUAGUGGAUUUAGCUCACCUCGGAACCAAGACAGCUUACAAUACAACAGAAUCGCAGAGACAGCCAGAUGUGAAGAAGUUUUUUAUCAGGGUUCCUCAUCUGUGGGUAAACAUCCCAAACAGUUCCCCACAGUGCAGGAAUCAGGUAAAUGUCGUUCUAAAGAUCCCUCUCUUUACGAGAGAUCUAACCUAAUAGUGCUAAAUAACAUGAAGGAAGUGAAUCGAGAUCAGAACCUGCUUUCCAAUCAUGUGGUGAACCAGGUUUCACUUUACCAUCCAACCACAUCGCUGCCCGCCGAGGCUUUGAGGCUUGGUGAUAAGUCUCCAGUCCCCUUCAACUUUCAAUUCGAUGGCGACUACCAAGUAGUAGGAGUAGUAUAG